AUGGCAAGUCCAAGAGUGUUAGAGACUGCUUUCCUGGUCUUGCUUAUUGUAGACCUCACCCUUGCUGCUAGGACACUGCAGGCAAUCAGUGGAGGUGGAGGUGGAGGGCAGGGAGGAGGUGGUGGUGGUGGUUCUGGAUCAAGAAUUGGGUCAGGUUAUGGUUCUGGGUCUGGAUCCGGGAGCGGUGAAGGAUAUGGUGCUGGUGGUCAUGGAGGAGGUGGAGGCUAUGGUUCUGGUAGUGGGAUAGGCGGUGGUGAAGGUGGUGGUGGCGGUGGUGGAGGUGGUGGUGGUGGCAGUCAAGGCUCUGGAUCUGGAAGUGGGUCAGGCUAUGGAAGUGGAAGCGGAAGUGGAGGGGGGGGAGGAGGAGGAGGAGGAGAUGGUGGUGGUGGUGGGGGUAGGGGUUGA